AUGUCCCGCAAGAAGAGCCCCCGGAGCAAGGGCGGCGGCGGCGGCGGCGGCACCUCGGCGCCCUCGUCCGCCCUGCCCGCCGCCCAGCAGCGCGCCGAUGCCGGCGCCCAGGGCGGCAGCCGGGGCGCGGCCAGGGCCAAGGGGGCAGCAGCCGGGGCGGCGCCCUCCGCCUCCUCCGCCGCCAACGGGGUGGCGCUGCCCAGCCGACCCUCCCUCAGCAACAGCGGGGAGUUCUACGACGUCGCCUUCAAGGUGAUGCUGGUUGGUGACUCCGGGGUUGGCAAGACCUGCUUGCUGGUGCGGUUCAAGGAUGGCGCUUUCCUGGCUGGCAGCUUCAUCUCCACGGUGGGGAUCGAUUUCAGGAAUAAAGUCUUGAAUGUGGAUGGUGUGAAAGUAAAGUUGCAGAUCUGGGAUACGGCUGGCCAGGAGAGAUUCCGCAGUGUCACACACGCGUACUACCGGGAUGCCCAUGCUUUGCUGCUGCUUUAUGAUGUCACAAACAGAGCAUCCUUUGACAAUAUCCAGGCUUGGCUGACAGAAAUCCAUGAAUAUGCCAAGCAAGACGUGGUCCUUAUGUUGCUUGGAAACAAGGUGGACUCGACUCAGGAGCGAGUGGUCAAACGAGAAGAUGGCGAGAAAUUAGCCAAGGAAUAUGGAGUGCCCUUUAUGGAGACCAGUGCCAAGAGUGGAUUGAAUGUUGACUUAGCAUUCACGGCCAUUGCCAAGGAACUGAAGCACAGAUCUAUGAAACUGCCCAAUGAGCCCCGGUUUAAACUCCACGACUACGUCAAGAAGGAGGUGAAAGGCGCAGGCUGCUGCAGCUCAUAAACAUACCUGGCUCCUGUGUUGCCUCCCAGGUUGCCCCCUUGUGACCAGCGUCCCACGUACCCUGCUGAAUCAGUGUGUGCCCCUCUCCCGCUUCCUCCCUGCAGAAACUAUGUGCUUUGUGUCUUGUCUGUUUGUCCAGGUGAAAUGGGACAUGCAAAAGCUUGGAAGAAGCAGACGGGGCUUGGUGGCUUCUUUCCAGGUAGCCAAGUAUGGCAAAGUUGCUUUUAACAAUCACUUGGGGUAGGAGUAGGUUAGUUAUGAAACUGGGCCACUGGUUGCGGUAGGAGACCGUUGUGCGCUGGCGAAUAGCAAUCGGGGGAAUUCGCAUGGGCAUUUGUGCAACUACCACUUAUUCCAGUGGCGCUCACGUAAGAUCAUACUCCUUGCCCCUUCUGCAUUGCUGUGGGUUGGUUUGUUGGCAACCAUUAUUGUCCUGGACUGGCGCCUCAGAGUAUUGCCAUUGCUUUAAGUACCGACCUGGUACUUCUGUACUUUUAGACUUGAAAAGGUCCAGAAGGUUUCACAAGGUGUUGGGAGGCGUGUGCCAGGCUGACAGGUGCUCUACAAACACCGCUCCCAAUCAUCCAAGCAACGGAGGGGGAAAUUGCUAUUCUCUGCUGUGUUUUGCUAGCCCUACUCCGUCUGGGAUAGAAAAAAAUUAUCCCAUCGACUUUACUCUUGGUUCUCUUACUACAGGGAACCCUACUGGUUAAUCCUUGAGCACAAAUGCUUUGGGUGUGUUUUGUGUUUUUGUAGAGAAGUGUAAUACAAAGAAAGUUGAUUUUGUAGGUUUGAAAUAACUGUAUUUUUAAUGCAAUUUGUCUCCUACCCCUUUACUGUAUAACUAUAUCCUUGGUGUGUCUUCUGUGGCUGUUCUUAGUUAUGGAAGGAGGGUCUCUCAAACAGCUGAGGCCUUGCAUAGAAAUUCUAGCAGGUUCGAUUGGGUAACUCUGCUGCCUGUCCAUAUGCAAGCAAGCAGAAUAUGGUAACAGUGGAUAAGACCACAGAG